CUACCCUCCUCACGGUCGCUUCGCUCCGAUCGCACUCUCUCUCGCGCGCGCGCAUCACCACUCGAAGAAGAGCACCCUUCUGGUUCCCCGGGACCGUGCACCCCACUCGAUCACCCCCGAGUUCGUGAACGCGCUCCAGGAGGAGCAGCAGACAUUCGCCACGCGAGGACCAGGUUGCACCAGGAAGAGCUUCCACGAGCAGCCAUGAAGACGAUUCUGGCAGUGGCAGUGUGCCUGCUGGCGGUGAAGACGAUGAAGGCGAUGCCGGUGGGAGAGCCGGCCCCAGCGGACGGGGCCUUGUCGGUGGUACCCCUGGCAGCGGGGGCGACGGCGGUGGCGGAGCCGCAGAAGACGGACGAACCGGUGGUUCCCGCGGAACCCGCGCCGGCCAGCAUCCCGGCGGCGGAUCCUGCGGUCCCAGGGGAACCGAAGCCGGCGGAGCCCGCUCUGAAGCCUACCGAGAAGAAGCUGGACUCCGAGGAGGCGUUGCUGGAGAGCGUCGAGAAACCGGCGCAGCUUGCCGAGGAGAAGCCCCUGGCUGAGCCCGAGAAGAAGCAGGAAGAGGAGGCGCCGCUCGAGAAGAAGGAGGAGCUGCCCCAGUCCGUUGAGCCCCAGGGAGCCGUGCAGGACGCGAGCCCGGUCCCGGCGCAGCUUGCACCUGAUGCACCCGCUGCCGACGCUCCGCUAGAAAAGAAGGAGGAAGCCAUCGCUCCGACGAAGGUCCCAGAGCCCAAGGCGGUCACGCCGAUCAAGGAGGUGAAGGAAGAGUCCGAGGUUCCGCAAGAGACCCCAGCCCCGUUGAGAGCGGAGGCUGCGGCCUUGGCCGGUUCUCCCGCAGCGGACGCCCCCGCAGUAGUGGCGGAGGAGCCGGAGCACCCUAAGGCGGAGGCAGCUCCCCAGGACGCCGUCAAGGUCCAGGACAAGACCGACCGAGUGACCAGGGAGGCCGAGGAGAUCGCAGCCGCGGCGGCGGCCGCAGUGGCAGCCGCAGCCUCCUGGGACGUGCCGAUUCCGCAGGCCAAGUCCGAGGAGUCCGCGGUGGUGCUGGAGAAGAAGCUGGAGGAGCCGGCGAACCUCCCGGAGAAGACGGAGAAGGCCGAGAAGACCGAGCAGCUGGCGGAGCCCGCGCAGCAGUCCCCGGUGCCGGAGCAGGCCCAGCAAGCCCAGCAGGGUCAGGAACCUCAGCAGUCCGACAAGCCCCAGGAGUCGAAGAAGCCCGAGGCGGUCGAAAAGGCAGAAAAGGCCGAGAAGAGCAGCGAGGAGUCCUCGGAGGAGGUGAAGGAGCCGAAGGAGCAGAAGGAGGCCGAGCCCCAGAAGGUCGCGGACGCGUCGGCCGAGUCCUCGGUGGAGUCCUCGGAGGAGACGAAGCAGGUCGAGGGCGUAGCACAGGCCAAGCGACAGACGGAGACCGAGUCCCAGGCCCAGCCCAGAACCAAGCCCGAGACCCCGGUUACGCCGGAGGAGCCGAAGGCCUCCAAGGACGAGGUCUCCCCCCUGGCCAAGGCCGCGGAUCCGGCCAUCAGCGAGGAGCCCCUGAAGAAGGCCGAGGCCCAGAAGGCUCCCGAAGAGCCCAAGGCGGAGGAGCUCCCGAAACCGCAGGAGCUGAACGAGCCCAAACCCCACGGCCAGUAAGGACACCCCCGAUCCACGGGAACGCACGUUUUUUUUAAAGGCGCUGACUACGAGAGGCAAACACCCGGAGAGAGAGAGGGAGACACGGAGAGAAUGACGGGAGAG